GUUGCGAGAUCUAAAAAGAGGAUUUCUUUUACUAAUGAAAACGUAUCACUGGAAAUUUAAAAAAGAAAAAGAAAGAAAGCCAACCUUUCUUCCCACUGCUCUCCCAGAAUUCUUCACAACGUGCUUGUCAGAACGCCUUUCACUCCGCGCCUGAGUUAUCGAUCUGGCUCUCUCGGAGGCUCAUGGAUUCCUCAAGGGCAAGGCAUUCUUGCGUUCUUCUUGGGGACGAUGUCGUGGGAGAUGUUUACUCUUCUACACUUCGUGUGUGUCUGUGUCUGUGAACACGCGGUGAGGAGAAUUGUUCCUGAGUGGAGACACUGAGCACACAAACACGUGACAGUGUAUGUGGGGAUUUGCACGACCGAGAUUUUGUGGAGUUGUGGGGCUGGAGUGAGCGAGAAGUGGGUCUUGCAGAUGCAUAAAAGCGCCUCAGCUCUCCAGUGGCCCAUUCUCCUCAUGUCCCCGUUGUGCCCGCUGCUGCUGACUCUGGCCCUGGUGGCCGUCCCCGGCGCCCGGGGCGCCUGUCCGGUGCCCGCAGACCUGAAGAGGGAAGAUGGGACGCGCACGUGCGCCAAGCUCUAUGACAAGAGUGAUCCCUACUAUGACAAUUGCUGCCAGGGGGCCGAGCUGUCCCUGGAGCCGGGCACCGACCUGCCCUACCUGCCCUCCAACUGGGCCAACACAGCGUCGUCUCUGGUAGUGGCCUCACGCUGUGAGCUCACUGUGUGGUCUCUCCCCGGCAAGGGUGGCAAGACGCGCAAGUUCUCUGCAGGCAGCUACCCCCGCCUGGAAGAGUACCGUAAGGGUAUCUUCGGAGACUGGUCCAACUCUAUCUCUAGCCUCUACUGCAAGUGCUCUUGAAGGCCAUCAUCUCUAAUUACACACAGUGCUGAGCCCAGCCCCACCUCACCUUGGGGAUUGCUGUGGUCCCAAGAGCCAGGAGGCAAGAUGGCCCUGCUGCCUG